UAUCGUCAGUGCAAGUUUCAAACUUCUGUAACUUCAAAUAUAUCAGCUAAAUAAGUAAUGAUUUGCAGCGGGUUUCUUCAAAAUUCUGUAAAGUUUAGAUAUAUCACCUAAAUAUCGUCAGUGCAAGUUUCAAAAUUCUGUAAGUUUCUAUAUAUCAUAAAGAAAAAUCGAUGAGUCACCAUCUGCUUUAUAUUCAUGUUGUCUGCAGCACAAGUAGCAAUGGGGCUGACUGAGAGUGAUCCCUGAACCAUUUCAUUAAAGGCCAUGGUUUCCAAUAAUGCCAAUGCUACUAGAAAGGAACUAGAGGCCAUGAAGCCUCUUAGCUUCUCCAAUUAGCAUGUUUGGCCAGUCCUGAAGCGCCUCCUCAAGCUCUUCGACGAUAACUGGGCGCCCAUCAAGGACAAGAGCUACAACAUCCUUGUUGAUACCACUGGAUGGCAAAAGCAAUGAGCCAAUACCUACCACUACCCGUCAUUACAAUGCCGCCCUUGUACAAGGUUCAAAGACAUUAUACUGAGAAGGAAAGGAGAUGCUACGGUCAGCAGCUUCCUCGUGCCAUCGCGCUCGAUCCAGGAGGUGCUAGCUCAUGCUGGCUGGAACUAGGAUGCAAAAGGGUUGACGGAUCCAUGCCGCACAAGCACUGCGCCAUGCUCAGUCCAACCCCGUGGCUUCAGGGUGGCCGAGUUCGUCGCGACCAUCAGUUCGGAGACCUGCGUCACUACCCGUGUCGCUACCAUGGCCACCUGCAUCACUGCGUGCUCCAUCAACAGCCUCCUGCACAGGGAAAAGCAGCACGAGUAGAGGCGUCUGAGAUGCUCUGUUCUAGCGAGGUGGCUGAUUAUGUUUGUUAGUUUGUAAUACUUUGGCCGCAGUGUACUUAUGUAUCUUUUUCUGGCCAGAGCACGACCAGAGCUUAUGUCAGUACGAGCUUUGAUUGUGAUGGUACUACAAACUAUAUAAAAACACCAGCAAUCCAUUUUUACUGGUACUUACCUUUUAUACAAUUUACAUGUAUUGUGCCCCUAUUACCAACUGUGGUACAAAAAUGCAUUGUGCUCACCAUUUUAUUUCGUCAGUUUGUAAUACUUUAAAGAGAGGAGGUAAAAGUGAACCAUUCGGUUUUGUAUUAUAAAAGAGUGUUAAUGUGAGAAACUUCGAAAACAUCUUGUUUAAUAAGUUCUGCUUGUUCUGUCUAUAGUAUUUAUUGAGCUAAAAAUGCUAUGGUUCAUACAUUCUUGUCGAUCUCGUUUUAAUCGUCCUUGUUUUUGUGAGUUUCUUGAUGCAAGUUUUGUGGUCAGUCCAGAUGGGAGAAGGUGAUCCGUCCAAAGUGUAAUUCUGUGACGUUGACGUCCAAGUUCUACAACUGAUCGAUACAAACAAAAACGGUGGUCCGUUCUACAAAGGAAAAAUGAUUGAAUUAAAAAUAUUGAUCAGUACAAGUUAAAAAUGGUGGUCCGUUCGAAAUUAAAGAAAUGAUAGAAAUUCAACUUGUAAAAGUUCAAGCAAAAAUAAACCCCAUGCAAUUCAAAUGGGAAAAGUACAAGUCGUAAAAUAAGAGAAGUCCAGAACAUCGUUGUAAAAAAUGUUUAGUUCAAAAAAAAGAAUAAAAAACAUUUUUUUUGAAAAAAAUAUCAUUCAGUUCAAUGAUAUAAACCAUGCAAGUAGGUGCGACGAUACAAUAAACCGUUGAAAACUUACGAGCAAAAAUAUUACCCAAAACAGAGCAAAGUCUAGUUAGUAAAAAAUACGCUUAGUACAAACCCAUGCAAACAUCAGUUCAAGUACUCUUUCUUCGGAACCUUCAAAAUUACUCUCCGAAGAAUACAUCAGUACAAACGCACACGAUCAGUACAAGCACUCUGUUUUUUCUGACGAAAAAACAGCACGAUGGGUCUCAUCGUAAUCCAAAUUACUCUUCAACAGUUGUGAAUUUGAGAAAACGUUCAACAUGACUAAGUUUUGUAUUUUCGAUAUCUUUCCAACCGUAUAUUAUUUGCCUCAUUUCGACAAACUUAAAAAAAAAUCGCGUUCGAAAUCAAAUUUGACCGUAUUCGAAUUCUUUUUUAAACCGUAAGGAAUUAGAAAAACAUUUCAAUACGAAAAAGUUGCGCAUUUAUCAUAGCUUUCCAACACCGUAUCAUUUGCAUCAAUCCGACAAACCGUUUGCAAACAAUCGCGAAAAUACAUUUCGCCCAGAAUUUCACCGUUUUCCAAAUUGCUUUUAAAUCGUAUAGAAUUAGAAAAAACAAUAAAUAUAUGGAAGAUGUGGAUUUUCACCAGCUUUCGAACACCAUCUUAUUUGCUCAAUUCCGACAAACCGUUUGAAAAUUGAGUCCAAAAUACGAUUCGCGUUUUUGGUUUUGAAAAGAACGGUUUUUUUUUCAAAACUGCUCUUAAACCAUAAAGAUUUUGCAAAAAAUUCCUAUGUAUUUGUAAUGUAGAUGU